UAUUUCGCAGCCCCUCCCAAAAUCGAUUCCGACAUCUCACACCUUCGUUCGAUACCCGGCACAUAUAUUCCAAGUCCAAGGCGUCAAUACAUUUGAAGUCAACUCAUUCGGCGGCACAUACGCUGCGUUGCGUUCGAUAGCUACGCCUGCAGCUACCCGCGUUAUAAUAACCUUGGCCGGACAGGCUUCCGUGCCAACUUCCAUACAUCCACGACCAUUCCACCACGAUACCCACCUUAUACACUAAGGUCACAGCACACUCCGAUUGCCGAUAAUGGCAAACACGACACGGCCAAGUCGGUUACCGAAUUACACCACCAUGUCGAACAACACCGAAAGGCCGCCACAGCUCUCAAGCGGAUUCUCCAUGGGGCCGUAUCCAUCAAAUGGCCCAUGGAAUAACAGCGCCAUCGGAGCCUUUGCUAGGAACAGAGACGCGGUUGCGCCCAGAGGUUCGUCGGCACGCGGAUCGCUGUUGCCAUCGGAUGUGAGGAGGCCUGACGGGUUUACAGAUGCUAGCAACCUGACGGGCCCUUCAGGGUCCGGCGCCCUUGCUGCCACAUCUGAAGCAGAUCCGUGGCCCGGCCGAUCGGACACCUGGAAUACAGCGGACAACACACAGUCACGUACUCUGUCCGGGAACACGUCCCCAAGAAGCCGGUCCGAUGCCUCCGGUCAGGACAUGAAUACUGCGUAUUAUACAGCGACUUCAGCAAUCGGCCCCCGAGGGUUGCUGGGCUCAAAGCCCACGCCUUCAUCUGCCCUCGACUCCUCGAGCAAUGCCUUCAAGAACGUCUCCACUUUCCCGGGCUAUGAGGACGACGAUGAGAGUUUCGCUCCUUUCGGCCAGUUCAAGCCGGCCGAUGUCGAUAGGCUUGAAAAGUUCUUGGCCGUCCAGCGACAGGCACAGGAGUCGUCGAUGCUGAACGCAGUUGGAAGCGGACCUUCACGCAACUCCGUUUCGAGUCAUCCCGAGUCCGACCUCCACGGCCAUACGAACCCGUAUGGUGAUUACAAUUAUGGCAUUCCUGGUGCACCAGGCAGGCACUCCCAACGACCAUCGCUCGCCGGCUCCUCGUUUGUCUCGCACAACACGAGAGGCUUCGACUCGAAUGCUGGGCGGCAGGCUGAUGAACAGCUAGCUGAAUCCCUUGCGAGGCUGACGAUGGACAACGGCCGUGGCGCAAUGGUGGAUGGCGCAUCGAACGUUCUAUCGUUCACGAACGGGGCCCAAAAUUUCGAAUUCAACCCCGGAUCGCAGCCUUGGGGAAGCGGACAGGGACAUGGCGCGUAUACGAUCGGCACGGGUGUCGAGAAGCGAGGCUCUAUCGUGGGCCGAAGCUCGCCUUCUGGGAAUGCCUACCGCGUGGGCGGUGCGUUGAACAGUCCCAGAGGCCUAGCAGACACUGCCGAUCCAUGGUCGAGACCGGGUUCGCGAGAGGUGAGGAUGGGCCCAGACCUCGGUCGGCGAGGCAUAGGACCGGCCUUCACACAACAGCCCCAAAUGCCUUUCUUCCAAGACGCGUAUUACACUGGAGGGUAUGACCACUAUACUCAAAUUUACGGUCAAUUUCCCGCGCCAGGGAGCCCCGCUCAUCUUCCGGGCUUUGCCAUGCCUAUGGCCCAUUUCGCCCUGGGGGCUGGCGCGGUCCCGAUCCGUCCAGCCGCAGACCAGGACCCAGGGAAGGCCUUCAGGAGUGUGCUUCUGGACGAAUUCCACAAAUCCAGCCCGAAGUCAAAUAGACGCUACGAGCUCAGGGACAUCAUAGGGCACAUUACCGAGUUCAGCGGUGAUCAACAAGGCUCGCGCUUCAUCCAGCACAAACUCGAGACGGCGAACAGUGAUGAGAAGGACCAGGUCUUCCGGGAGAUUGAGCCAAAUGCCAUCCAACUGAUGAAGGAUCUGUUCGGUAAUUACGUGAUCCAAAGGUUCUUCGAGCACGGGAAUCAGGUCCAGAAAAAGGUGCUGGCGGGUGCAAUGAAGGGCAAAGUGGUCGAUCUCUCAAAGCAGGCCUACGCCUGCCGAGUCGUCCAAAAGGCUCUUGAACAUCUGCUGGUUGAACAACAGGCCGAGCUGGUGAAGGAGCUGGAGCCAGAGAUUGUAAAUCUGGCCAAGCACCAGCAAGGAAACCACGUGGUCCAGCAGGCCAUCGCGCUGGUCCCACGUCAACACAUCGCGUUCAUCAUGGACGCCUUCACGGGUCGCAUAUGCGAGCUCGCUUCCCACCAGUUCGGCUGCCGGGUUAUCCAGAGGAUUCUCGAGCACGGGACUGAAGCGGACAAGGCCGUCGUGACGCAGGAGUUGCAUAACUCGGCCCAGACACUGAUUACGGACUCCUACGGUAACUAUGUCGUCCAGCACGUCAUCGAGAAGGGGAAGGCCGAGGACCGUUCGCGGAUUAUCCGCCUCGUCAUCCCCCAGCUUCUGACGCUUUCGAGAAACAAAUGUGCGUCGAAUGUGGUCGAGAAGUGCAUCGUUUACGGCACGGUCGAGGAACAACGGGCGAUCAGGGACCAGCUCAUCGGCGGUGGAGAUGAUAACUGUCCACUCUUCCAGUUGACCAAGGAUCAAUAUGGGAACUACGUCGUUCAAAAAUUGGUCAAGAACCUUCAGCCCCAGGACAGAGAGGUGUUGCUUGACAAGUUGAGGGCGCAUCUCCAAUCGCUGCGGAAAGCCGGAAAUACAGGGAGGCAGACCACGGCGAUUGAUCGAGUCAUCUCCGAAUUCUCAGUCCCCGCAGGCCGCACGAGAGAUUCCACGCCAGCGUCGACCGCCCCUACAUCUCCAGGGCUGCGCGUCGAUGUCAACUCGGCGGCUCCAACCCCAAACCUGACCAUGGACUCGGCCAGUCCCUUGAGCACACCAUCGAGCUGCCCACCGUGCCCUAACGGAGCCGGUGCCGAGGCUGCUGCCGAACAUGCCAAGACUCAACUCUGCAAAGGCGGAGAGAACGUCACGCCAGGCCAGCCACAGAUAAGCGAACUCUAAUUUAAGAGCCUCUCGCCUUUUUCCUUCGUGGCCAUGCAGGUUUUUUU